CAGUCAGUCGGUCGGUCGAAUGUUUCGUUGCGGUGAGAAAAUACGGUGCGUUUUGCGUUUGAAUUUUCCGUCCGGGAGUGCUUUACAUCGGGUGUUUUCCGCCGCGAAAAAGGCCACCAUGGCUACGGUCCCGCGAGUGAAACCUCUGGUGGUGAUUCUCGGUUCGACGGGGACCGGGAAAACGAAGCUUUCGAUCGCACUGGCCCGGCGUUUCGGAGGGGAAAUUAUCAGCGCCGAUUCGAUGCAAGUAUACCGUGAACUGGACAUCGUGACGGCGAAAGCGACCAGAGAAGAGCAAUCGCAAGCUCCUCAUCACCUGUUGGACGUGGCGACGCCGGAUCAGGCCUUUACGGUGAUCCACUUCCGAGAACGAGCACUGCCGAUUAUCGACCGCUUGCUGGCAGAGAACCGGAUGCCCGUCAUAGUAGGCGGAACCAACUACUACAUCGAGAGCGUCCUCUGGCAGGUACUGGUCGGAAGUGGCAUUCGCCAGGAAAAUACUCGCCGACGUCGGCAUUCCGGCACCUCACAGGACGAAGCCGAAGAAACGGCAGAAGAAGAAACGUUGUUCGAUUCCGGAAAAAGAACCAAAUUAGUAACCGAAGAUCGUGCUAAUCCGGAAGCGAGCCAUGGUGCUGGUAGUGGCCGUAGUAGUAGAAUGGAAGAAAUCGAAAGUACGCGAUCGCGACUAUCGGUCGACGGCAGUGGCGUCGAGAAGGAAAGUGAAUCACCACCGCCGACCGCGAAGAAAGUGCGUGAAGAACAGGAAAGUGAAAACCGUGGUGCAGAAACUGAAAAGGCAGCUGAUGAUCCGGCGGAAAAGGUAUUGCUAAUGACAACGGAACAAAUGGAGCAACUGGAGUCGACCGUUUUGCAUGGUGUGCUGCGGCGAGUUGAUCCAGUGACAGCCGAUCGGUUGCAUCCCAACAAUAAGCGGAAGAUUGUCAGGGCCCUUGAAGUGUUCCAGCAGGAUGGCCAGCCAUUGAGCCGCAUUUUAGAGGACCAGCGUGCAUUGUCGGGCGGAUGCAAACUGGGCGGUCCACUACGUUAUCGUAAUGUAGUGCUAAUCUGGUUGCGCUGUGAACAGGAAACGCUCAACGCCCGAUUGGACGCUCGAGUGGAUUCGAUGGUAGCGCAAGGCCUACUAGCUGAGAUAAGGCAAUUCUACGAGCGCUACGUGAAACCCUACGAGGACAACGAUUUUCACCAGGGUAUUCUGCAGAGUAUCGGAUUCAAAGAGUUUGUCGCCUACCUGGAAAAGUUUGAUCAUCAACACGAUCAACUAAUCACCGAUUACAUGCGAAAGUCUAGCGAUGACGGGACCCCUCCGGAGGGAUUGCCGCUUCUUCAGAAAUGCCUGGAUAAUCUCAAGCUGGUAACGCGCCGGUAUUCCAAAAAACAAAUUAAAUGGAUUAAUCAUCGAUUCUUGGGCAAUUCACGCAGAGAGGUCCCUCCAAUUUACGCCUUGGACACGACCGAUGUCGGCAAGUGGGACGAAAAUGUUUUCACACCAGCUGAACAAGUCAUCGAAGCAGUCCUGGAGGGAAAAAUUCCAACGAAGCAACCGAUGCCCCGGUUGACGACGGCGAGAGAAGGUCUGAACGAGGAAACCUCCUUCUUCUGUGACAUUUGCCAACGUACCAUAGUAGGCGAGUACCAAUGGCAAUCGCAUUUGCGCUCCAACAAGCACAAAAAAUGUGUUCAAAGUAAAUCGAAGCAAGCCAAGCAAUCGACGGAAAACAACAGCUAACAACUGGGCCUCCUGUCGAAUGGUAAGUAGUUGAUUUUAUACUAGAAUCUACAAAAUAUAAACUGGAA